GAGGUUGGGGGCUGAGACCGGUAGAGUGUGAGAAGCUGGAGAGAGCCUGGUCCGAGCCGAGCCACACAGGUGAGGAGAACCGAAGGACUUGCGGCGGUGUGCGUGGGAUCAGCCCCGGAGAGAUUGCAGGUCCGAUCUUUGAGUACUCCAGGAGCUGCUCUCCAGCCCCUGCGUCCGAACCUAUGGAUUCCCCGUCUAGCGUUUCUUCCUGUUCUUCCUCCUCGCUCCCUUCCUCUUUUUCCACCUCAUCAGGGAACAGUGACUUGGGCUUCCCCUCCGAUAGUGACGGGGAGGACAAAGGGGCCCGUGGCCCCCGGCCAGACACUGUUGGGCAGAGGGGAGGUUCUCGGCCCAGCCCGGGUCCUAUUCGCUGCAGGCAACGACCCAAGGCUUCCAGUAAUCAAGACACAGCAUCGCACUCGGAACAGCGAGGCUUAGCUUCUCCUAUGGCGGGCUCUGGGGUCAAAAGAUCAAGAGAUCGUCAAUUGGAUUCCAGUCUAAACAUCCAUGGUUGUACCACAGAAGGAGACCUGCUCUUUGCCCAGAAGUGUAAAGAGCUCCAGGGAUUCAUACGUCCUCUCACAGACCUGCUGAAUGGGCUGAAGAUGGGCCGCUUUGAAAGAGGAUUGAGCAGUUUUCAGCAGAGUGUGGCAAUGGACAGGAUCCAGCGUAUCGUAGGUGUCUUGCAGAAGCCACAGAUGGGAGAGCGUUAUCUGGGAACCCUGCUACAGGUAGAAGGAAUGUUAAAGACUUGGUUUCCUCACAUAGCUGCUGAGAAGUCAUCACUGGGUAGUAGCAGGCACCAGCUGACCAAGCAUUUUCCAAGCCACCACAGUUAUCCAGCUACUUCUUCUCUAGCACGUCCUGUGGAAAAGAUGGACCAGACACAGCUAGGACAUUUAGUACUGAAACCAAAGCAGCCUUGGCAUCUCACUGAAUUGCCACCUAUGAACCUCACUUGGAUCCACACCACUCCAAUUUGCAACCCUCCUCUCAGUUCCCCAAGUACCAUCUCCUUUAGCCAUGGUCCUUUAGGCACUGGAACCGGCGUUGGUGUCAUCCUUUUUCUCCAGCAUAGAGAGCAGCCCUUCACCCACUCUGCCCCGAACACUCCAGUUCCACCUACUACAGCAUCUCCUGGCAUCCCUGGUUAUCCUAAGAAAAUAUCUGGAGAGGGACCUCGUUGCCACAGUUUACCAGUAACCUUGCCAUCAGACUGGAGCUGUACCCUAUCCCUUCGUGAUCUACCCAGCAUGGACAGAGAGACAACUGUGGGACACCUAGAGCAGAUGAGAAGCCAUCCUCUAGUUACUCCUGAUGUCCAUCCUCUCAACCCCUAAUCUAGGACUUGAGACUGUGAUUUCUAAUUUGUGUAAAUACAUGUCUAUAUAUGUGUAUGUGUGUAUAUAUAUAUUUAACUUUCAAUGUGUGCAUUUGUGU